AGGUACGACAGCCGCCGAACAGCUGAGAGACACACGUGCGGCGAAGAAACCCGAAGUAAAUAAGCCAAAGCGAAGAAUUAAUAUCGGAGAAAGAACGCCAGUUUAGUAUAGCUGCUGACAGCUAUUCAUUUUUCGUUUGGGGACAAUCACGGAAGCCGCAAUGAGUUCGGGAAAAAUUGUGUUGAAGGAAUUCCAACUGGAUCAAGAACCCGGUAGCCCAGUUACAUCAAAGAAAAAGAAGAAUAAGGAUAAAAGUCCUGAAGAGAAAUAUGCAGGUUGCAAGAUAGAGAUUAUUAACAUGGAUGACAGAGACCUGGAGAUUGAUUUCAUUGGUUUCCACAUCUCACUUGUCAAUGCUUACAGAAGAAUAGUGCUUGCAGAGGUAGCAACUAUGGCAAUAGAGAAAGUUUACAUGUACAACAAUACUAGCAUUGUUCAAGAUGAGGUGCUGGCCCACAGGCUUGGCUUGGUACCUCUGAAAGUGGACCCCCGAUUCUUUGAGUUUAGGAAUAAAGAUGAAACAGAAUGGGGUGCACAAGACUCGGUAAAAUAUGAACUGAAGGUAAAAUGUUCAAAGAAGCCUGGGGCUGCUCCAGAUGAGACUGAUCCAGACAACCUAUAUGUGAACAGGAAAGUUUUGUCAUCAAGUUUGAAGUGGGUGCCAUUAGGGAAUCAGACAGACAUCUUCCAGGAAGCCAAUAUGCAGCCCCUUCAUCAAGACAUCCUCCUGGCAAAGAUGAAUUCCGGCCAUGAGAUCAUCCUUGAGGUUUACGCAGUUAAAGGUAUUGGCAGUGAUCAUGCCAAAUUCCAGCCUGGACUCAGUUGGUAUCGUUUGUUGCCGGAGAUAGAAUUAACCAGAGAAGUUGAAGGCGAACAGGCAGUUCUUCUCCAGAAAUGCUUUUCUCCAGGUGUUAUUGAGAUUAACCCUACACCUGAAGGAAAGAAGGUGGCUAAAGUAGUUGAUGCAAGGAAUGAUGCAUGCUCGAGGAAUGUGUUUCAGUAUGAUAGCAUCAAGGACUCUGUUAAACUUACCCGGAAACCUGAUCAUGUCAUAUUUUACAUUGAGUCACACAGUGCACUGAAGAGCUUUGAAAUCCUCGAGGAAUCUCUUAACAUCAUGAUUGGCAAAUGUGAUACAUUGCUUACAGAAAUAGAUAAAUAUACAGAUACUGAAGCUGAAAAAUGAUAUGUCAAGUAUUUGUAUGUCAUGAUUGUUAUCACUGGAGUCUAUACAUUCUUUGUCUCAUACCAAAAAAAAAUGUGAUCAUGCA